GCAAGAGCAUCCUUCAAGCUUCUUUCUUUCUCUCCAUACUCUCUGAAGGACGCCUUGCAAUUGUUGAGGAAGCAGAUGACAGCGAGGUAGCUUUUGACCUGCCCGGGAGAAGCUCUGAAAACGAGUUUUUCGUGUCAGUCGCCAGCAAACCUUCGCCCCUCACUUUCUCUUCAUCACCAUCUUUUGCCCCGCCUUGGGUAUCGUCAGUAACAAGACAGCUGGGGAAAAAGCUUCUUGAACGGCGAAAAAUCAGGAGUUGCUUUCUGCUGAACCUCAAUCACACAAAAGAGGAAAAGAAACCAACUUUCUACACCAAAAAAAACAUGGCUGUUCAGCUCCUCAAGCCCGCCUCGGCCAGCUAUGGCAGCAGCGAGCGCCUCGUCUGCCUUGAGCUCGAGGAUGGCUCAACCUACCAGGGUUACAGCUUCGGUGCUGAGAAGAGCAUCGCCGGAGAGCUGGUUUUCCAGACCGGCAUGGUGGGCUACCCCGAAUCCAUCACAGACCCCUCAUACCGCGGCCAGAUCCUCGUCAUCACCUUUCCCUUAGUCGGAAACUAUGGUGUCCCUUCGCGGGAGACGCUGGACGAGCUGCUCGGCGACCUGCCUGCCCACUUUGAGUCGUCCCAGAUUCACAUUGCCGGUCUUGUUACCGCUUCCUACUGCGGCGAGGACUUCUCCCACUUCCUUGCUACCUCCUCUCUGGGCACAUGGCUCAAGGAGCAGGGCAUCCCCGCCAUGUAUGGCGUGGACACCAGAGCCUUGACCAAGAGGAUCCGUGAAAAGGGUAGCAUGCUGGGCAAGAUGAGACUUGCCAGCAUUGCCGCUGCUGCCAACGGCGCGGCCAAUGGCCUCGCCUCUCUCGACGAAUUCGAGGCAAUUGACUGGGUAAACCCCAACACACAGAACUUGGUGGCACAGGUAUCCGUCAAGGAGCCCAAGUUGUAUAAGCCUCCCGCGUCCGUUGUUGCUCGCAAGCAUCCCUCCGGCCGGACAAUCCGUGUUCUCUGUGUCGAUGUUGGUAUGAAGUACAACCAGCUUCGAUGCUUCCUCAAGCGAGGUGUCGAAGUCGUAGUUGUCCCCUGGGACUAUGAUCUGGCCAAGGCUGCCGGUGAGGAGUACGACGGUCUCUUCAUCUCCAACGGUCCUGGUGACCCAGCUGUCCUUGAGAGCACUGCCAAGAACAUUGCCGCCGUCAUGGAGACCAACAAGAUCCCCAUCUUCGGCAUCUGCUUGGGCCACCAGCUCAUGGCCCGCGCUUCUGGCGCAAAGACCGCCAAGAUGAAGUUUGGUAACCGCGGCCACAACAUCCCCUGCACAAGCAUGGUCACUGGAAAGUGCCACAUCACUUCCCAGAACCACGGUUUCGCUGUGGAUGCCGCCAGCCUACCCGCCGGCUGGACAGAGCUCUUCGUCAACGCCAACGAUGGCAGCAACGAGGGUAUCAUGCACGUUGAGAAGCCAUACUUUAGCGUCCAGUUCCACCCCGAGAGCACACCCGGCCCUCGUGACACAGAAUAUCUCUUUGACGUCUUCAUCAACACCAUGGCCAACUGCGCUGAGAACCCUGCUCUUCUCAAGGCCCCCGUCGCUUUCCCCGGCGGAACCAUUGCGGAGAACGAGAGGCUUCACCCUCGCGUUUCUGUCAAGAAGGUCCUUGUUCUUGGCAGUGGUGGUCUCAGCAUUGGUCAAGCUGGCGAGUUCGAUUACUCUGGUAGCCAGGCCAUCAAGGCUCUCAAGGAGGAAGGCAUCUACACUGUCCUCAUCAACCCCAACAUUGCCACCAUUCAGACUUCAAAGGGCUUGGCCGACAAGGUCUACUUCCUGCCUGUCAACGCCGAGUUCGUUCGCAAGGUCAUCCUGUAUGAGCGACCCGAUGCCAUCUACGUCACUUUCGGUGGCCAGACUGCUCUGCAGGUCGGUAUCCAGCUCAAGGAUGAGUUUGAGAGCCUUGGCGUCAAGGUUCUGGGUACGCCCAUCGACACCAUCAUCACUACCGAGGACCGAGAGCUCUUUGCCCGAAGCAUGGACUCCAUCGGCGAAAAGUGCGCCAAGUCAGCCUCGGCCAGCAAUGUGGACGAAGCUCUCCACGUCGUCAAGGACAUUGGCUUCCCCGUCAUUGUCCGUGCCGCCUAUGCCCUCGGUGGUCUGGGCAGUGGUUUCGCCAACAACGAGCAGGAGCUGCUUGAUCUCUGCCACAAGGCUUUCGCCGCCAGUCCUCAAGUCCUGAUUGAGAGAAGUAUGAAGGGAUGGAAAGAAAUCGAAUACGAAGUCGUUCGAGAUGCCCAGGACAACUGCAUUACUGUCUGUAACAUGGAAAACUUUGACCCUCUUGGUAUCCACACUGGUGAUUCCAUCGUGGUCGCCCCCUCUCAGACCCUCUCAGAUGAGGACUACAACAUGCUCCGAACAACGGCCGUCAACGUCAUUCGACACCUUGGCGUUGUCGGUGAGUGUAACAUUCAGUAUGCCCUGAACCCCUUCUCUCGGGAGUACUGCAUUAUUGAGGUCAACGCUCGAUUGUCCCGAUCCUCUGCCUUGGCCUCCAAGGCCACAGGUUAUCCAUUGGCCUUUAUUGCUGCUAAGCUGGGUCUUGGAAUUCCUCUCAAGGAGAUUAAGAACUCGGUGACCAAGGUCACCUGCGCCUGCUUCGAGCCUUCUCUCGACUACGUUGUCGUCAAGAUGCCCAGAUGGGACUUGAAGAAGUUCACUCGUGUCUCUACUCAACUCGGUUCUUCCAUGAAGAGUGUCGGUGAAGUCAUGAGCAUUGGUCGCUCGUUUGAGGAAGCCAUUCAAAAGGCUAUCCGAGCCAUCGACUUCCACAACCUUGGCUUCAACGAGACCAAGGCUCUCAUGAGCAUCGACGACGAGCUGCAGACGCCCUCUGACCAGCGUCUGUUUGCUAUUGCCAAUGCCAUGCACCAGGGCUACUCCGUCGACAAGAUUUGGGAAAUGACUCGAAUCGACAAGUGGUUCCUCCGAAAGCUCAAGGGACUGAGCGACUUUUCCAAGCAAAUGACUCAGUUCACCACCGUCGAUAUUGCACAGAACCCCAGCAUCCUUCUCCAGGCCAAGCGUCUGGGUUUCUGCGACCGACAGCUGGCCAAGUUCUGGAGCUCCAACGAAAUCGCUGUCCGCCGCCUCAGGCUCGAGGCUGGCAUCCAGCCUUUUGUUAAGCAGAUUGACACGGUUGCUGCCGAGUUCCCUGCCUUUACCAACUACCUGUACCUCACUUACAACGCGUCUGAGCACGAUGUUGACUUUGAGGACCAUGGCGUCAUGGUUCUUGGCUCUGGUGUGUACCGUAUUGGCUCGUCUGUCGAGUUCGAUUGGUGCUCUGUCCGUGCCAUCCGCACCCUGCGAGCCACCGGCCACAAGACCAUCAUGGUCAACUACAACCCAGAGACGGUGAGCACAGAUUACGACGAGGCAGACAAGCUGUACUUUGAGAACAUCACGCUCGAGACGGUUCUGGAUAUUUACCAGUUGGAGAAUGCACACGGCGUUCUUGGUGCCAUGGGUGGCCAGACCCCCAACAACAUUGCCCUUCCUCUGCACCGCGCUGGAGUCAAGGUGCUGGGUACCUCACCUGAGAUGAUUGAUACCGCUGAGAACCGAUACAAGUUCUCUCGUAUGCUGGACCGAAUCGGCGUCGACCAGCCUACCUGGAAGGAGCUUACUAGCUUCGAGGAAGCCAGGGCUUUCUGCCAGGCAGUGUCCUACCCUGUGCUGGUCCGCCCUUCAUACGUCCUUUCUGGCGCUGCCAUGAACACUGUUUACUCUGAGAAGGACCUGGAGAGCUACCUGGCCCAGGCUGCCGAGGUCUCUCGCGAGCACCCAGUCGUCAUUACCAAGUACAUUGAGAACGCAAAGGAGAUUGAGAUGGACGCUGUCGCCAAGGACGGUGUUAUGGUCGGCCACUUCAUUUCCGAGCACGUGGAGAACGCUGGUGUUCACUCCGGUGAUGCCACGCUCAUCCUGCCCCCUCAGGAUCUUGAGCGCACUACCAUCGAUCGCAUUGUCGAGGCCACUCGCAAGAUUGGUGCCGCUCUGAACGUGACUGGCCCUUUCAACAUCCAAUUCAUUGCCAAAGACAACGACAUCAAGGUCAUCGAGUGUAACGUCCGAGCUUCCCGCUCGUUCCCAUUCGUUUCCAAGACCAUGGGUGUUGACCUCAUCGAGAUGGCCACCAAGGCCAUUAUGAACCAGCCCUUCCAGGAGUACCCUCCCACGGAUAUUCCUCCGGACUGCGUUGGUGUCAAGGUGCCUCAGUUCAGUUUCUCUCGUCUCUCCGGAGCCGACCCCGUCCUUGGUGUCGAAAUGGCUUCUACUGGUGAAGUUGCCUGCUUCGGUGUCGACAAGAACGAGGCAUACCUCAAGGCUCUCCUGUCCACUGGAUUCAAGAUCCCCAAGAAGAACAUCCUGCUGUCCAUUGGUUCGUACAAGGACAAGAAAGAGAUGCUGCCGUCGGUGCAGAAGCUGCAGAAGAUUGGCUACAAGCUGUUUGCCACUGCUGGUACCGCCGACUUUUUGCAGGAGCACGGCGUUCCCGUCCAGUACCUCGAAGUCCUCGGUAAGGAGGAGGACAAGGAGUCGGAGUUUUCGCUCACGCAGCACCUGUCCAAGAACACGAUUGACCUGUACAUCAAUCUGCCUUCCAACAACAAGUACCGCCGCCCGGCCAACUACAUGAGCAAGGGUUACCAGACUCGUCGUAUGGCCGUUGACUACCAGAUCCCCCUGGUGACCAACGUCAAGAACGCCAAGAUCCUCAUUGAGGCCAUUGCCCGAAGCUUCGAGCUCAACGUUGCCAAGCGCGAUUACCAGACUAGCCACAAGACGGUUGUCCUGCCCGGCCUGGUCAACGUUGCGGCUUUUGUUCCCGGUCUUGUCACCCCCCAGAGCCACGACAUGGAGAUUGUCACCAAGGCCUCCAUCUCUGCGGGCUUCAGCAUGAUCCGUGUCAUGCCUCUCGGUCUCGAGGGUGCCAUCACUGACGCCAUCACUCUGAGGGCUGCUCAGCAGAACAGCAAGCUCGGCGACUUCUGCGACUACAACCUGUCUGUCUCUGCCACUUCAGAGAACGACAGCCAGAUCAGCGCCCUUGCCGGUGAAGUCGGCUCCCUCUUUAUUCCCUUCAACCACCUGUCUGGCAACAUUAGCAAGGUGGCUGCCGUCACAGCCCACUUUGACGCCUGGCCGACGCACAAGGUCAUUGUGACCGAUGCCAAGCUGACUGACCUGGCGUCGAUCCUGUUGCUUGCUUCGCUGCACAACCGCCGCAUUCACGUUACUUCGGUUACGAACAAGGACGACAUUCGGCUGAUUGCGCUGUCCAAGGCCAAGGGUCUGCGUGUUUCUUGCGACGUCUCCAUCUAUUCUCUCUACCUGUCUACCAAGGACUACCCUGAGCUUGACCGACUCCUCCCCACCCCCGAGGACCAAGCUGCUCUCUGGGAGAACAUGGCACACAUUGACGUCUUCUCCGUCGGAAGCCUGCCUUACCAGCUCGCCGAGUCCCUGGGUCACAAGGCUGACACGUCCAGCGGCGUUGCGGAUGCCCUUCCGCUCCUGCUGACCUCUGUCACCGAAGGCAAGCUGACGGUUGACGAUCUCAAGGAGAAGCUUUACCAGAACCCCAUGGAGAUCUUUGAGCUCCAUGAUCAGGUCGGUACCAGCAUCGAGGUUGAGAUUGAUCGUCCUUACCAGGUUCUCCCCGGCAGCGUGUGGUCACCGUUUGAGGGCCGUGUGAUGCGCGGAUCUGUCCGCAGGGUCACUUUCCAGGACGCCACCGUCUGCUUGGACGGCGAGCUCCUGCCAGUCCCCCCCAAGGGCAAGGAUAUGUCUUCGCACAACAUUUCUCGCGACAUCCCCGUCUCUCCCCCUCUGAAGCCCGCCAUGGGCCUCAUUACCCAGGUCACCGAGAGCCCCAAGCCCAGACAGCAGGCCGCGUUCAGCAGCCCCAAGAUUGCGGCUAGGUUCCGCAACAUGGAGGGACUGGGCUCGCCCGCCAGACUGGGAAGUGCCGUGGAUGAGUUGGGUCUGUCUCUGUCACCCCAGCCCGCCGCCAGCUCCCCUCUCCAGCAGCUGCUGUCGCAGCCCAACUCGUUCAAGAACUCUCACGUUCUGUCUGUGAAGCAGUAUACCCGAGCUGACCUGCACUUGCUCUUUACUGUUGCCCAGGAGAUGCGACUUGGCGUUCAGCGCGAGGGCGUCUUGAACGUCCUCCGCGGACGUGUUCUCUGCACGCUCUUCUACGAGCCCUCUACUCGCACCUCGGCCUCGUUUGAUGCUGCCAUGCAGAGACUUGGCGGACGCACAAUUGCGAUUUCGACGUCGAGCUCGUCUGUUCAGAAGGGCGAGACGCUGCAGGACACUCUGCGAACGCUGGCCUGCUACGGAGAUGCAGUUGUCUUACGCCACCCCCAAGAGACCUCUAUGGACAUUGCAAACAAGUACUGCCCCGUCCCUGUUGUCAAUGGCGGAAACGGUAGCAAGGAGCACCCGACCCAGGCAUUCCUCGACCUCUUCACCAUCCGUGAGGAGUUGGGCACUGUUCAGGGCCUGACGAUUACCUUCCUGGGUGAUCUCCUGUAUGGCCGACCGGUCCACUCGCUGGUGUACCUGCUCCAGCACUACCAGGUCAAGGUUCAGCUGGUCUCCCCCAAGGCUCUGUCUCUUCCUGCCAAGGUGAGAGAGCAGCUGAUUGCUUCAGGACAGCUACUGGUGGAGUCUGAGGCUCUGACACCCGAGAUCCUGGCCCGCAGUGACGUCUUGUACUGCACGCGUGUUCAGAAGGAGCGGUUUGAGAGCGUGGAGGCUUAUGAGAAGGUCAAGGAUUCAUACCGUGUGGAUAACGCUACGCUGAAGAAUGCCAAGAGCUCCAUGGUUGUGAUGCACCCUCUGCCCAGGAACGAGGAGGUGGCCGAGGAGGUGGACUUUGACCAGAGGGCGGCGUACUUUAGACAGAUGCGGUAUGGUCUUUACUGCAGGAUGGCGCUCCUGGCACUUGUUAUGGCUAGCUCGUAAAGAGGCUAUAUUUUGUCAGACGCGGCGGCGCAUUUUCCCAAAGACUGUACACAGUAGAUUUUCUUUCGUUUCGAUUUUCACAUUCGAUGGUUUCUUUUGGGUGGAAGGCGAAUAGCACGGCUCGGUUUAUUCAAAAAGGCGGUAUGAUGUAGAAGGUUAUUUCUUUUUCUUUUUUCCGGACGUUACGUGUUAGAGUACGUCCUAGGUAUAAAACCCGUAUUUCAGCAAAGGGCAACAUUUGCUUCAUUUGGAGGGUUUUUUGGGUUUGUGUGGCGUUGAAGCCAGCAGACCGUAGAUGAUAUUCGUAUGAUACCCAAUAAACAUGUUUGUAUACGCAUACGUAUUUUUAUACGUAUGCGUAUGUGCGUACGUAUGUACGUAUGUGCGUUCCGUGCGUUUUGCGUGUAUGUGUGUUUUGUAUGUGUGUGUGUUUUGUGUGUAGGUUCAUUUGAGAGGUGAGUUUUGUAUAUAUCUUUACAGGUAUGUUUAC